AUGGCAACUGCGUCUGUUGUCCAGUAUGGUCGAAGGAGUGGGUCCAGCAAAAAAAGUGUGUUUGACUAGCUACUUUAGCUACUUGCGUAGCCUAUUCGUUUCCUUGCUCUCUUGACGCAUGUAUGGGUUUGUAACGUUACUGUAGAUAAUAUUGAAUAUUUUGCUCAUGGUAAAAAUGUUUAAGCAAUAUCUAUGCAUAGCCUACCACAGCAUAACAACAUUGUUAUACCAUAACCAUACCAUUGUUGUUUUUUCCUUUCGUUUCUCCUAUUAUCAGUGCAAGCAGUUGAGGAAAAAAAUGAAGCAAGGCAACCACCAGAUCUUCGACAAGUCACUGUUUUGCCCAAAGUCGAAUGGCUCCGAAUUCAACGUAGUUUGAAUCAAGGGAAUAAAUACAACGAGAGUCUAAAGGAGGCGUCCAAACAACGAGAGGCUAUGCACCUGAGGUCCAAGGAGGUGGUGAAAUUCUGGUCUAACACAAUAGCUGUAAGUAUCUUUGUUUGUUUGUUUUUACCAUAAUGCAUAAUGGUACCUGUUAUACAUUUCUUAAUAUGUGCAUGUGCCCACAGGCAGCCUCAGGAUCACAGUCUCAUACAAAACAUUAGGCUAAAAACAAUACACAACCUACUUGAGUAAAAUGUGCUAUUCACUUUAUAGGGACAAAGACAACAGAAACUGGAGGCAAAGAAGAUUCGGGAGGAAUUAGAAGAAGAGGAGAGGAAACAGAUGGAUAUUGAGGAGGCUAAAUAUCAGGCGCAAAAGAGGAAAGAAGCUAUUGAAAAGGCCAAAACUCAACAGUACUACGAGACUGAUCGUGUGAAAGGAUUUCAUGUUUGUAUUUCUUAUUAUGUUAUAACUUAAAAUAGUAUUCUGCAAUGAUUUUUUUCAUCUGAAGACGUGCUGUGUUCUUUAUAAUGUGGAUUUCUGAGUUAAAUUGAAUAAAUGCAAUAUUGUUAUUUCUUCCAGAGUGCACUCUUGCUGACAGAGGUCCUGAAGGAAAGAGAGGCCCAGAUAGAACUGAAGCAGAGAAAGCAGGAUACCUCCAAAGAUGUGGACAAGAAAAUCAUGGCUAUCAGUAAGCGUAGAGAGGAAGAAGCCUUGCAAAAGGAGCAGCAGAAAGCUUUGCAGAGGAAGCUUGACAGCCAGGCCACAGCAGAGGACUUAAAACAGCAGUAAGUCUCACUGAAGCCUAACAACCUGGCAGCAGUUAUCGAAUUGAAUAUCUAUAUCAUAGACUACCAUAUACUCUAACAUGGAGUCAAAUGAAUUUAAAAUGUAGUCCAUAUAGAAUAGACUGAAUGCUCUCAACGGUUUAGUAUGAUGAAUGGUCUCUUCCCCCUAUUAGGGCAAAGGAACAUGAGAUGGAUAGAGAACGGGAGAAGCUGGAAGACAAGAAAGAGGCAGAGGAACUCCAGCGACUAAAAGAUAUGUUUCUGUGGGAGCAAGGCAUGCAGGAGCAAAAGAAAGAGGAGCAGAAGAGAAACAUCAUGACAGCUCACAUGGUAAGGUAUCAAUGUUCAGAUGUCUCGCUCACUAGAGCAAUAUUACACAAGAUUCAUGUGGGUGUAUUAAUUAAUCCUGCAUUCGUAUUUAAAGGAGCAUCUCUCUAACAGAGAUAUCAUUAGAGCAAUAGAGGCACAAAAGCAAGAGAUGGAGGAGGAGCGCAGGGGGCUUUUUGCAAAUGCAAAACAGAAAAUGGUGAAGUUGAGGAAAGACAAAGAGGAAGAGCUGUUCAGGUGAGUAGACCUAUUAGGAGAAAGUAAACAGUUCGAGAAAACAUUUGAAGUCCCACAAUAAGAAAUUGGCAUAGCUGUGGCAUCACUAGUCAACAGUGGUCUUACAAUUCUGGAAGUCUCAUGGACAUAGAUCUUCUAAGCCUAUUUUCCCUCCUAAGAGAGGUCCAAAUGCACAGGGAGAGGAUCAUGAAUAAACUGGCUGCACAACAGCAGGAGCAGACGGACAAUGAGGAACUCAUCGCCAAGGCUAUUGCUCAACGGGAUGCCAGACAGGCACAGCAGCAGAAGGAGAAAGAUGACAAGAGGAUGGCUAUGCUGGACUCCAUUGCCUCACACAGAGAAGCCAUGGUAUGGCAUGUGCACCCUACCACAAGCAAGGGGACAAUCGGGAGCUCAAAAUAUUAUUCUCACAAAAUUAAACUAUUUAUCAAUGAAUAUGCCGGCCUAUAUGUUACAAAAAACGUGUUCUAUUAUCACAAUGACACUGGCUUCGUUUUUUCAGAAACAAGAACAGGAGCAGAAGGAAAGAGAACACCACGAGAAAGCCCUUGACAUGCUUUAUGCCAAGAAAGAAGCGGACAGAAUAUUUAUUGAAAAACAACACCUGAAGGCACAGAAAAUGAAAGAGGAUGGAAGAACUUUACAAGACGUCUACAUUCAUCAAAUGGUGAGCUUGGAUUUGAUUAGCCUUUCCAUGAUUACAUUUCUUGAUAAUUGUUGAUAUGUCAGCUAUUGACACAUGUAGUGGAAUGUGUCAGCAACAGCUAUACUUUUAAUGAAGCAACAUCAGAUUUCAUUUAUCAAAUCUUGCUGUUCAGGCUGAAAAACGUGCCAAGGAACAGCACAUAAGAAAACAACAACAGGACUUCGAGACCAAAAAUGCAGAGCUCAUUGCUGUGGAGGAGAAGCAGUUCCAGCAGUAUGCAAAGAAUGUGAUCGAUACAGCCACUGAGGCCAAGAGAAAUACUUACCCACUCCGCAAAGCUGCCAGGGAGGGAAUUGGAGGUGGUCUUGGCCCCAUCUUUGGAGGAGUGAGACCAAGUUACUUGGUUCAAGAUAACACUGGUGUCCAGAUGCCCAAUUACGUCGGCAGUAGAUCUCAGGACGUCAAAGAGCUGAAUGAGACAUGUGAUAUUCAGCAUUCCAAGAAAAGACUUGGAUUCACA